CUUAGCCUGCCUAUAUAGCACAGUGGUAAGGACGCUUCAUCUUCAGCCUGUGGUUGAUAUAGUAGCUGCACACAGCAGGACCAUUAGGAAGGAAGCAGGUACAAAAAUAUAGCAGAACCCCACAUAACCAAAGGCUAGCUGAACUAGCAACCACUCUGCAUCAAUGGAAGACAAGGAGCAAAUCAAACACACUGCAGCCAUAGUGCUGGGUUGCUUGGAGUCAGUGUCCUCCUUUGCCUCAACCUUCAACCCUCUGUUUGGUAUCGUCACCAAACUGGUUGGUGCAGUGAGGAAAGGCUUGGUGGAAGAUGACACCCACAAGCUGGAGAAGGACUUCCAGCAAAUUCAUGACAAGUUGGAGAGCAUCUCUGUGCAGAACAAGCAGCUGCUGGACCAGACCCGCAUCUCUGAGAUCAACGCAAACUACGGUCAGUUGGAAAAGAACAUCGAGACCCAGUACAAAGCCUUCAAGAACAUGGUAGACAGCAUCAGGAAGAACCCUGACAACGACGAGGUUUACAAAGAGGAUUUCAAGAAUAUCUAUAGAAUUCAAGGCAGCUUUCAGAAUUUGCUAAUGUACUAUAACUCCAUCAUGGAAAAGCAGGGUUCAUUUGAGAGGCCACUACUGAAAUAUUACCUAGAGGAGUCCAAGAAAGUUUAUGGAGAAAGGAACAAGAAGUUUAUGGAGGCAAAAUGCGCUCAUCUGACCAACCUCUUCUACAUCGGCCUCAUAGCUCUGAUGGCCUACUAUGUAGUCACUGGGGAUGAUGAGGAGGAGUUCCAGAAAGAAUGGGGCCAAAAGGUCUUGGAAAUUCAGACCAAGAUGCAAGAAGUCCUGGCUGAGUGUAAUUAGAAGAAGUGAUGCCAAAUUCUCAUCCUGUAUUGUUUCUAUGCCUUAUUUGAUCAGCACCUAAAACUACACUUUUAAUUCACUUUAAGCAGAUUACACAACAUUUUCAUGACUGUUUAAGUCAUACAUAUUGUUAAAUAUAUAUAGUACAGCUGAAGACAUACUUGUGUAUUAUGAUCAGAGUUAUUGAUUAUUUGAUUAUUUUCCAACAAAUAAAUAGAUUUUGUUGACAAUUAGCUUGCAUCAUUUUAUCUUUAGCAUACGUGUUAAAUCACAGAACCUUAGAUUAAAUCAUAUAAUUAAUAUGGUCACUGUAAAAGUCUUUUUUGUGGAUAUUUUUGGAUCUCUCAGGAUGCAAUAAACACCAGAGUGAUUGUAUGGCAAUAAAAUGAUUGUACUGCUUCUAAAUGAUCUAAAUGGCAUGUAGUUCAUCCAAACUUUCAUUUAGCACAGCAGUAUAAAAAUUUACUGCACAAUAAAGAUGAAUCCUUAAUAUCUGGAAGACUUGGGGCAUGUUUAAAGUUUGAGAUAUUAUUUGGACUGAUACAUUUCUAGGAAAUUGCUUUCAUUUUUGCAGAAGUACAGUUUUUAAAAGUUUGUGCAUGGCAACCAAAGUCCAUAUUUUAUCAAUUUUUGGAGAAAAUAAGUAAACCACUGCAGCAAACUACAGUGUGCCUGAAAAGUCUCCAAAUAUAUGGGAAAUCACCAUUUUAUAUCGAAAAGCAAAAAAAAAAGUUUUUUUAAAAAAACAUCCUUUAUAUGAUUGCUCUUUCUUUGCGCACAAUGUCAUCUCUCUCUGGCUUACGAUGAUAUUGGGCGGGACUUCAUUCCUGAAUUCAUUUCUUUAAGUCAUAGGUGUCAAACCCGAUCCACAAAGGGCCGGUGUGGGUGCAAGUUUUCAUUCCAACUGAGCAGAGAAAGUGUCAGAGUCAAAGAAAGAGUCAAAGAAGCUUUGUUGUCACUUGGACCAUAUAUAGCUGAUGCGGUACACAGUGAAAUGAAACAAUGUUCCUCCUAGACUGAAGGUGCUACAGACAAAGUACAGUGACGCAAACAAACAUAGAGCUAAACGUAGAGAUAAAGCUAAACUAUACUUAAGGUGAAAUCUUUAGUAAAACUAGACAUACAACAGAAUGCACAGGAAGUGCACAGGAUAGCAAGACAAGACAGUGCAGACAAACAACAUAUAGACCGACUCUGUGCAAAAGAUGAGUGUUGACAAUGAAUGCAAAUAAUAAAGUUAACAUGUAAACAGGAUCAAUAUCAAGUGUAAAGUGUAACGUAAAGUGACAUAUGCGUGCAAACAGGACAAUUUGUGUGUGUGUGUGUGUGUGUGUCCAGCACAGUAUAGUUCUCUGUUGAGUGCAGUUUUCAGUUGUGUGUGUCCAGCACAGUAUAGUUCUCUGUUGAGUGCAGUUUUCAGUUGUGUGUGUGUGUCUGUGUCCAGCACAGUUCAGUUCUCGUUGGGAACACAGUUCUCAGUUUUUGUGCGUGUGUGUGUUGUGUGUGUGUCCGUGUCCAGCACAGUUCAGUUUCUCUGUUAUCAGAUCUCGGUUGUGUGUGUGUCCAUGUCCAGCUCAGUUCAGUUCUCUGUUGAGAAAGAUAAAUUUAAAGAAAAAUAGAAAUAUAUAUAUAUAUUUAAAUCAGUGAGAUAUAGGAUAUUGGAUAUACAAAUACAAAUAUAUAUACAGCUCUGGAAAAAAAAUAAGAGACCACUGCACAAUCUCCAGAUUUGAACCCUAUUGAAAACCUCUGGAAUGUCAUCAAUGUCACAAACCAUCAAGCAAAGCUGAGCUGUUUGCUUUUUCGCAAAAAGAGUGGUAUAAAGUUCCCCAACAGCAAUGUGAUAAACUGGUGGAGAGCAUGGAGCCAAAACACAUGCAAAUCGGGGUUAUUCCACCAAAUACUGAUUUCUUAAUGUUAUUUAGCCAAAGCAUUAACACAAUUUGUUUACAAAUUAUUUGCAUUUUGUUUUAUUAGAGUUAUUAAAGCUCUGCAUGAUCUUGGGUUAUUUUGAUGUGGUGUUGUCAUUUCUGUUAAAUAUACACUCUAAAUAACAAUAGUUAAAUUUGCUGUCCCCUCAAAAUAACUCAACACACAGCCAUUAAUGUCUGUGUUUACACUACACUAAAUUUACACUGUUAUACAGGCUGUACACUCACUACUUUA